GUCGUCUCUGUCUCCUCUCCCGCUCGACAUCACUGCUGCUCUGCGUCAUGAAGCUCUCGAUCGUCGCUCUCGCCGCUACCAUGCUCCUGGCCUCGUCGGCCCUGGCCGGUCCCCAUGUCCGCCGCCAAGUCGAUCCCUCCCAAGACUCCUCGGACAGCGCCCAGCCUUCCGCAACUCCCGACGUUCCCGUCUCGGCCACUUCCCAGCCUGUCGAGCCAACCGAGGCAGCGUCUUCGACAGACGUGACAACAGCAGUGGUCUGGACCUCGCCUGAGCCUCUGGCUCCGUCAACUUCGGCUGUGGCUUCGGCCUCGUUCUCGGCCGCCCCCGUUUUGAAGCCGACUUCGGUGGUGCCCGUCCCUCCCGCUCCCUCCCAGAGCGCCAGCCCGACCAGCGGCACAUCCAAGAGCGACGGCUUCAGCAGCCACUCCCACCUGAGUAUCGCGGCCGCUGUUGGCAUGGCUGCCAUCGCGACUGCCAUCAUGACCGCCUGCCUGUAGCUCGACAGACCCGCUACUGGCCCUAUCCAAGUUUCACCAGAGGCGUUUGCUUUCUCGACAUGGCCAUCCCUGAGAGUAUACAGAACGCAAUUCUCCAUCUGUUUGUGUAUUGACAAGGGGCUCAAUACAUGUAUUACUAUGACGUCGCUGGCCCCCAGCUAUCCAUGCCAU